AAAGAAUAUUGGGCCUUUGAUGUAUAUAUUUUGCCUUAAGAGUGUUCAACUGAAAUUCUCUCAAAUUAUAUGCGAAAGAAUUUUCUUGAAGGAUGGUUUUGGAACAAAAGGCAAAAAUUGCUGGUGCGCACUAAUCAGUCCACUCCGUCGUUGAUUGGGGCAUCAUGGAGAAGAAGGUGAUUGAUUUUGCUCGCUCCGAAUCUAACAGCUCCUUUGAUACCGACAGCCCCGGAGCUGCAAAAGGAGAUGCCGAUGACGCCGACGGGUAUGAAAGCGAUGAAUACGUUGCGUUUAAGGAUCACUUGCGCUCCGGUGUUGACUUCCGGCCAGUUCCGCCCCUCCGAUCUUCCCUCUCACUCGCUUCCUCUUUCCCUCCCAAAGUAUCUAUCAGUGGUGUUACAGGAAGACGCAGUGAUACUGGUAGGAAGGGAGAUCGAGCUUCUUAUGCUGCUGUUAUCGUUUCUAUGAUUGAUCGGAAAAUGAAAGGGCAUGUUGGUCAUCUGCUACGAGCUGCACAUGUUAUCAGUGCGCAAAUAAAUCAGCUGGAGAAUAGGAGUAAUCAAUUGGAGGGGUUGAUUGAUAACUUGAAGGAUUCAACAGAGUUCUACUACAAGAAAACAGAAAGAAGGCUGAGGGAAGUGGAGGAUAUGAUGACAGAGGUUCAAGACGGCAUUCAAGACUUGAGAGAUAAACAAAAGAUAGCGGAAGUUCAGCUUCAGCUAGCAAUGGUUCAACAAAUUAGAGUUGAUUUACAAUCAAAACAACCGAACAGGAAUAUUCAGAAUAAAUUGGUUCAGCAACAAGUGUCAUAUGGCCAUUCACAGAACCAACACCCACAUCCAAGUCCUGCAGCUUGCCAGCAGAAACUCUCUGAUCUACCUUCUUACGGUCCUCCUAGCUUCCCUCAAAAUCCGUUGCAAAUGCCUGCAGAUACAGCAAGAGUAAUUCCUCAACAACUGGGGCAUAGCCAAUCCAAUUUUGUUCAACAAUAUCAAACAUGCACCCGACAACUGCUGCCAACUCUUGAUUCUGCUACUCAGCAACACCCUGUGAUCCCAGCUCAAUCAUCAGUGACACUAUAUCGGCCUCACAUGCACUCAUCAUGUUUGGAAUCAUCUCAGUUGCCUCAUCCACAAACAACCUACAGUACCCUCCACACUUGUGUCAAUCAAGUGAAUCGCCAAGCCCCAGAGAGACCUUACAUGCCAUCUGAAUAUCCUCGCCUUCCCACCCCUGAAUUAUCAUCUGCUACUGGUAAGACCUCACUCCAUCAACAAUUUAACGUGGAUUCUACCCAGAGAAUAAAUAAUCAGUCGUUAGGAAGUUCAAUGGCAACUCGGGGACAUUCAAAACAACCUGGAAAUAUGAAUGUGAGUGAUUAUGGUGCAAGAUCUUCUCCCCAUUACGGGGGUUCAACCACGGGAAGUUCACAAGUUCUGCCCCCGUUCUCGCCAGCACCAAGAGUUCUGCCUCGUGCAUUACCAGUGGCCUUGGAUGUGAAUGAGGCAUCUAGUUCUGGUGGAACUGAGAGCAGUGUAUCAAUUGAAGAAAUUGUUGAAAAUGCUGUAGCAAUGGGAUUCCGGAGGAAUGCUGUGAAAGCAGCAGUUGGAAAACUGACCGAGAAUGAGCAAUCUGUGGACCUUAAUCUGGUAUUAGAUAAGCUGAUACAUAGUGGGGAACCUCGGUAAUGGGAUGCCAUUUAAUCCACUGUAUACAUGAUAUUGUACAGUACUCCGUACAUAUAUGCUGGAUUUGUGCACGAGAUUCUUUAAUAUCUAGAUUCACUGUCGCUAUCUCUGCUAAUAAUGAGGCUCAGGGCGGGGUAUACAGCUAAUGCCUUAGCUCGGAAGUGUCAUGUAUCAGAAAAUGAUCUCUUAGAUCUUUGAUCAAAAACCACCAUUUAUCCGAUGGUGGUAAUUGAUGAAGGAUUCCUGGCUUUGUUUU